UUCGAUAUCCUUGGCCGCAAAGAUCUUCCCGAAUUACUUUAUCUUUUCGCUGUUGGACUUUUUCCGCUCAUGGAGCACUGCGGAAUAAAGGUGAAGUCGGAGUUGCUGAAUAUAUUCGAGCAGUAUCUUCUGCCUUUGGGUGUCGAAUUGAAGCCGGCACUUCCAGGAUUCAUUACAGGCGUUUUGCUGGGCCUCGAAGAAGGAACCGAAUUUUUCGAUCGGUCUUUUUCUCUGCUAGAUCGAGUGCAGGAAAGUGUCGGCUCGGAAGCAUUCUUCGGAUGCCUUUGGGAAGCAGUACUUGGAUCACCGUCUGUUCGGCUUCCGGCACUAAUGUAUGUUAAUGCGAAGUUUAAUCGUCGGAAAAGUAUGCACGAUCAGGAGUAUAUUAUGGGCAGUGAUAUCGAUCAUAUGGUACUCGCUUUAUUGUUUUUCCAGUAA